GUUCUAUAAUUGCAAAGUCGCAAUUUAACCAGAAGAUGUGGCGACAUCGCUUCGUUCGCAGGCGGUUGUCUGUGCGUCCAUUCUCGACCGGGGAGAGUCUCCUCGCACCUUUGAAGCUCUACGUGAUCGCUGGGGAAGCAUCAGGCGAUGCCAUCGGCGCCAAAGUUAUACGUGCCUUGCACAGACACCCACCGCCUCAAAGUCUAGAAUUUCGAGGUAUCGGAGGGUACGAAAAGCAGUAGAAAAUCCUGGUGACGAUGCGUUUGUUGAGUACUGUACUGUACUUGUAGACCGCUCAUGUGUAAAGCUGGCGACUUUGAUUCGCUCUUCCCCAUGCAGGAGCUCUCCGUCAUGGGGCUUCUGGAAGUGGUGCCGCACAUUUGGCGGUUCCAGCGACGGAUUCAAGACACACUGCGUGAUAUCGAGACAUUUAACCCGGACUUAAUACUGACCAUUGACUCCAAAGGGUUCACGUUUCGGGUGUUAAAAGCACUACAAGUGAGAGAGCAGAACGGAUCUGGUAAACGCAUCAAGAAGGUACACUACGUCGCUCCAUCCGUUUGGGCUUACAAACACCGCGGCAAACGGGAUUUUACCGAGUUAAAGCAGCUUCUGGAUGCUAUGUUCACGAUUUUACCCUUCGAGGAAGACAUCUUUAACCCGACGGAGGAGAACCAGAGCUUGGAGAACGACGGUCCAUCUUGGUGUCACUUUGUGGGGCAUCCAGCAGUCGAAGACUUUCUGGAAGCUAACGGGGUCUACGGGAGUGAAGUGGCCGUAUCUUCGGAGUGUAUCACCGUAUAUGAUGCUGAAACUGGAGUGGAUGCUUUGCUGAAUUUGUCAAAGUAUGAUCAAAACGACUUGCUCAUGCGUGGUCGACUAUUCCAAGACAUGGCGGUAAAGGGACGAGAUACAAGUGUCAGAACUCGUGUGAGAGAAAAAAUUGGAAUUUCUGAGGAUGCGUUCGUGAUCUGUGCGCUUGUUGGAAGUCGAGUAAAUGAAGUGAAGAAUUCGUCGCAGCUCGUUCUCGAAGCUAUUGAGAAAUUCAAGCAGAAGAGCCUGGAGAAGCAGCAAGAGAUCAUUGUUGUGUUCCCUACACUUUCUGCUGUUGAGGAGCUAGUCAAAGCUCGUAUUGCAGCCCAUGACGCUCAUGUAAAGUGUCAGGUGCUAACUGAUCUCGACACAGAAGACCGACUUCGACUUUUCCAGAGCUCCGAUGCAGCAGUCGCAGUGUCUGGGACUGUAGUGCUCGAAACCACGCUGGCUAAUCUCCCUACUGUAGUUAUCUACCGUGCCAACCGGGUGACCGAGUGGAUUGCCAAGCGACUAGCAGCCGUCCGAUUCGUAUCUGUCCCUAAUCUGCUGCUUGGGAAGCCUCUUAUUCCAGAAUUACUUUUUAGUGAUUGUACUGCCCCGAAGAUCGCGGAGGAAUUGAGGUAA